AUGGCAACCGAUGAUGUAGUGAAGGCGGCGGAAGGCUUAAUCGAAGGCAUUGAUUCUGUCGAACUGGAAGAGUGGUUUGAGUCUCUGGAAGACGUCCUCCAUCGAUAUGGACCCGAAAAAACUCAACAGCUCCUGGUUCAACUGCGAGAGCGAGCCUAUCACCGCGGCGUCAUGAUGCCCUUCAAAGCAACGACGCCCUACGUCAACACGAUUCCGAUCGAGGAGCAACCUCGGUUCCCCGGCAACAUGGAGUUGGAAAGGCGGAUCAAAUCAAUCAUUCGCUGGAACGCUAUGGCGAUGGUCGUUCGAGCCAACAAGAAGACCAAUGAUUUUGGUGCCGUUGGUGGUCACAUCUCGACUUAUGCCUCGUCAGCCACCUUAUAUGAGGUUGGCUACAACCAUUUCUUCCAUGCUCGAAAUGCAGACCACACCGGUGACAUGGUCUACUUCCAGGGGCAUGCUUCUCCCGGGAUGUACUCCCGCGCCUUUGUCGAAGGUCGUUUGGACGAAAGCCAUCUUGAGCAUUUCCGACAAGAGAACGUCCGCGGGACUGGCCUCUCUUCCUAUCCACACCCGUGGCUGAUGCCAGAUUUCUGGCAGUUCCCAACUGUUUCUAUGGGACUUGGCCCCAUUUGCUCGAUCUAUCACGCACGCUUCUUGCGUUACAUGCAACAUCGAGGUUUGCUUGACACAUCCAAAUCACGUGUUUGGGCGUUCCUAGGUGAUGGUGAAAUAGAUGAACCAGAAUCGCUGGGAGCAAUCACACUCGCUUCUCGAGAGAACCUUGACAACUUAACUUGGGUCGUGAACUGUAACCUACAGCGACUCGACGGUCCCGUUCGCGGUAACGGUAAGAUCAUUCAGGAAUUGGAAGGUGCCUUUCGUGGUGCGGGCUGGAACUGCAUCAAAGUUGUUUGGGGUGGGGAGUGGGACAGCCUCUUUGCUCGCGACUACAACGGCAAACUGACCAAGCGACUCGGUGAGAUCAUCGAUGGUCAGUAUCAGAAAUAUUCCUGCUCGACAGGGGAUUAUAUUCGUGACCACUUCUUUAAUGAUCCCGAACUUCAGGAACUUGUCGAUCAUCUCAGCGAUGAACAACUAGAAAAACUUCGUCGUGGUGGACAUGACCCAGAGAAGGUCUUCGCCGCUUACCAUUCUGCCGUCCACCAUAAAGGAGCUCCGACCGUCAUUCUGGCAAAGACCAUCAAGGGCUACGGUCUCGGUGAAGCGGGCGAAGGUCGUAUGAUCGCUCACAACACCAAGAAAAUGAACAACGAGGAACUGCAUUCGUUUCGAGAGAGGUUCAACAUUCCGAUCGACAAAGACGAUGUUGAAAAAAUGCCGUUCUAUCGACCAGAGGAAGGCAGCCCAGAGAUGGCCUAUCUCAAGUCACGCCGAGAACAACUCGGUGGAGCUCUUCCAGCACGCAAGCCAACAGACGAGCGGCUUGACGUUCCAUCUUUAGAGGACAAAUCCUUUAAGCGGCAACUCGCUGGAACCGGUGGUAAGGGUGCCGUUUCCACAACCCAGGCCUACGGAGCGAUUUUGCAGAAUCUAAUGCGACACAAGAGCAUUGGCCUGCAACACGAAGAUGGUCAUUCACAUGUUAUGGCUGCCACCGUUCCUAACCUUUUGGCAUACGAUCCGGCCUUUGCUUACGAGUUGUGUGUCAUCAUUCAGGAUGGUCUGCGCCGUAUGUAUGCUGAAGGGGAAGAAAUUUUCUACUACCUUUCUGUGUACAAUGAAAACUAUGAGAUGCCUGCCAUGCCUGAGGGCGAAGGUGUUGCGGAGGGAAUCCUGAAAGGGAUGUACAAAUUCCAAAGUACGAACUCAGGGGAAGGUCAGCAGAAACGUCCUCAGUUGUUCGGCUCAGGCACCAUUCUCAAUGAAGUGCUGCGAGGACAGUCGAUCCUCGAAGAGAAAUACGGCAUCGGCACGGACGUCUGGAGUGUCACCAGCUACAGCGAGUUGUGCCGUGAAUCGAUGUCAGCCGACCGCUGGAACUGGCUGCAUCCGAAUGACGAGCCACGCAAGUCGCACCUGCAAACAUCCCUGGAGGGAAUUGACGGUCCAUUUAUCUCAUCCAGCGAUAAUAUUCGCAUGGUCGCUGACCAGAUUCGUGAAUGGGUUCCGGGCCAGUAUACCGUUCUCGGGACCGAUGGUUUCGGCCGCAGCGACACACGUCCUGUGCUCCGUCGGCACUUCGAAGUCGAUGCAGAGUGUGUCGUUUACGCGACUUUGCAUGCAUUGGCCGAAGAGGGCCAGUUCGAUGCUGCCAAACUGCCAGAGGCCGCACAGAGUGCGAAUUAUCCCUUCUGUACUAUCGAACCGAAUGAGGGGAUCGUGAAUGUCCCCGAUCCACGUGUCGAUACCAUUGCAGGUUAUUUCAACCCGCAAAAAGUCAUUCACGCUGCUCUCAAGCUCGUUGAUAUUGCAGGAAUCGUCAAAGGAGCCAGUGAAGGAGAAGGCUUGGGAAAUAAGUUUCUCAGCCACAUUCGUGAAGUGGAUGCGAUUAUUCAGGUCGUUCGCUGUUUUGAGGAUGAUGAUAUCACGCAUGUCUCGGGAAAGGUUGAUCCCGUGAACGAUAUCGACAUCAUUGAAACGGAGCUGAUGCUGGCCGAUAUGCAAUCGCUGGAUAAUGCGAUUGGAAAAGCACAGCGAACUGCGAGAAGUGGUGAUGCCGAUGCCAAGAAGCGUGUCGCUGUCGUACAGAAAUGCCAGGCUCAACUGGAGAGCGAACAACCACUGCGUAAGCUGGAGUUGGAUAAAGAAGAAGCCAAGAUUGUCAAUGGAUAUGGUCUGCUGACAGCAAAACCUGUAUUGUAUGUCGCCAAUGUUGAAGAGAAUGAUUUACUGGGCGAAGGGCCACUUGUGCAGCAGUUGCGUGAGUUCGCUGCCAAGACAGGUGCUGAUGUUGUUCCUGUUUGUGCCAAGUUGGAAGCAGAAAUUGCUGAGUUAGACGAAGCGGAUCGGAAUGAGAUGCUGGAGUCCGUGGGCCUGGAGGAACCAGCGUUAGCAGUUCUGGCCCGUGCGGCUUACCAUACUCUGGGACUUCAAAGCUAUUUCACAGCUGGUGAGAAAGAAGUCCGCGCCUGGACCAUCCCGAUAGGAGCCACCGGUCCGCAAGCUGCGGGAGUGAUCCACACCGACUUCGAAAAAGGCUUCAUCCGUGUCGAAGUCUAUUGCCUGGAAGACCUGGAAGAACACAAGAAAGAAUCCGCCAUACGUCAGGCCGGGAAAUUACGCGUUGAAGGCAAAGACUACGUGAUGCAAGAUGGUGACAUCUGUCACUUUCUAUUCAAUAAGUAA